UAAUUGACCUGACCCCAUUGUUUUGCGUCAGUUUCUUCCUGAACUUUUCGAGCUUUGAGGACUUUUAUCGAGACUGUUACGGAAUAAAACAUCAUGGGUGCUUGUUUGGCUCUGGGUUCACUCGCAAAUUGUGCAUCCUGUUUGUGCGGCUCGGCCUCCUGCCUGCUGUCAUCAUGUUGCCCUUCCACAUACAACUCCACCAUCAGCCGGCUGGCCUUCUCCUUCCUGCUGCUGCUGGGCACGCUGGUGUCCAUCAUCAUGAUUCUGCCAGGCAUGGAGGAAAAUCUUAAAAAGAUUCCAGGGUUUUGCGUCGGCGGUUCGAGCAUAAUUGGCAUAGAGAACAAGGUAAACUGUGACAUCAUCGUGGGCUACAAGUCUGUGUACCGCAUGUGCUUUGCCAUGGCCUGCUUCUUCUUCCUCUUCUCCAUCAUCAUGAUCCGAGUGCGCAGCAGCAAGGAUCCCCGAGCAGCCAUCCAGAACGGUUUCUGGUUCUUCAAGUUUCUGGUGCUGGUUGGUAUAACUGUGGGAGCGUUCUUCAUUCCAGAUGGAGACUUUAAUACAGUGUGGUAUUACUUCGGCAUGGUGGGCUCCUUCAUCUUCAUCAUCAUCCAGCUCAUCCUACUGAUUGACUUUGCCCAUUCCUGGAACCAGUCCUGGCUUGAGAAGGCGGAGGAAGGAAACACCAAGUGCUGGUUUGCAGCUCUCCUCUCCGUCACCUUCAUCAACUACGCUUUGGCUUUUACGGCCAUUGUGCUCUUCUAUAUCUUUUACACCCAACUUGACGACUGCACAGAGCACAAAGUCUUCAUCAGCCUCAACUUCAUAUUCUGCAUCAUUGUGUCCAUUGUGUCCAUUCUGCCCAAAGUCCAGGAGGCACAGCCCACCUCAGGUCUGCUUCAGGCUUCCCUCAUCUCCCUUUACACCAUGUAUGUCACCUGGUCAGCCAUGAGCAACAACCCCAACCGGAAGUGUAACCCCAGCCUGUUGAGUUUGGUCCAAUCCAGCAGUCCAACUCCAGCACCAGGACCCACCUCAGCCCCCGGCACCACCCAGUGGUGGGAUGCGCAAGGCAUCGUGGGAUUGAUCAUUUUCCUGUUCUGCACUCUUUACGCCAGCAUCCGCUCAUCCAACAAUGCUCAAGUGAACAGACUGAUGCAGACUGAGGAAGGUCAGGGUCUGACCGCCAGCGAAGAGGCCCCGGCGGAGGAGGACGGAGUCCGACGGGCUGUGGACAAUGAAGAAGAUGGAGUGACCUACAGCUACUCCUUCUUCCACUUCAGUCUCUUUCUGGCCUCGCUCUACAUCAUGAUGACACUCACAAACUGGUACAAGCCUGAUACUGACUACCACGCCAUGCAGACCAGCAUGCCAGCCGUCUGGGUGAAGAUCAGCUCCAGCUGGAUCGGCUUGGGCCUCUAUCUCUGGACUCUGGUGGCUCCGCUGGUGCUCCCUGACAGGGAUUUCAGCUAAAAGCCGCCGUCUGCCUUUUUGCCAUUUGCACCUUAAGUAAAGAAAGCUUUUGCUUAAACUUGUUCUGCUUGGAUGUUGUACAGAAACAAAGAGCUUAAGAGCUUUAAUCACAUUCCAGUUUGUCACCUCAGGUAAUUUUUCCUCAUUCUCCACUGUUGCAAAUAUAAUUGAAAGCACUAUAUGCCUUUUAUAGGUCAUUAUCAAAUGAAUGCUGAUUUCUAUGGGGAAUGGUGUUUCACUACAUUUACAUCAUACUUUUUUAAUCAUUGACUCUGUUUCAGUUUGAUGGGAACAUGUUUAGGUUUCUGAGAUGUAUUUGAGUUACCCUUUGUUUUUUUCACACUUUUGUCCAUUUCACAUAUUGUGCCUUUUAAAUGUUUUGCACAUGAAAUGGUCAUUCUCAAUUUAUUGAUAUCUGUAAAAAGUUUUAUGACAUGUAGCUUUCACUAAAGUUGCUUCCUCAACCGGC